GUCAAACCCAACCGCCGUAUGUAACCACCAGUCUCACGGCCAACGACUUCUUCCCAAACAAAAGCACAAUAAAUAAAUAUUAUUUCAUCUCCAUUUCUCAAAUCCCCAUGGCUUCUUCUACCCCUAAUCUUCCUUCCUACCGUGUUUGAAAUCUUGUUCAAUUAUUCCCAAUUCGCUGCAAAUGGAACGAGCGGAUCAGUCGUCGACCGGUGGUGAAUAUUCCGGCGGGGCCUCCGCAUCGGCGACGUGGGAGAGCUAUGAGGAGUCGCCGCCGCUGCCGUUCCCGGAGAGGUUUCCGGAGUUCCGGCGAAACUAUUCUCGCGAGGAGCGUUUCGAGGGGAUGAACAACGAGGGCGCCUUGAUGAACGGCGGUGGGUCAUCGGCGACGAGGGACGAUCCUAUGUCUUGCUUUGUUGCCUCGACCACGUUCUCGUUUUUCGUUGUUAUGACUAUGGCAUUCGGGCUGUAUGCAUCUGAGACUUUGAGGCUUGGACCUAAUUCUUCAAUAUUGAUGAAACCCAACCACUUAUUCGUGGAAUAUAUUAAGGUGAUAGCUGUAGAUGCAUCAAAAGGUGCAAUGUUGUAUGGAUUUUAUAAAGAUCCACCUCUUGAUGUAAAGACUACAUGGUCUGAGACUCACAAGAUCACUCUUCCUGCCAGUACCCACAAGGAAUGGGUAUACUAUUUGAAUGAAGGAUCUCAGAUAAGCAUAUCUUAUAGCGUGAACUCCCGAAGUUCAUCCUAUCUUAUUCUUGUAAUUGCGGAAGGGGAAGCUGGCCUUAGUGAGUGGCUUAAGGAGCCAUCCUACCCAAAUAUAACCCUGUCAUGGAAUAUUAUUAAUGGAACUGGCGUAAUUCAGAAGGACAUCUCUGAUUCUUCUACUUACUACAUUGCAGUUGAUUCAUAUUACAAAUGCACACCUUCAGAGGGCCAAUGUACUUUCAAACUGUUUAUCUCAAGUGGAAAUGCAGCUGUUCUUACCUCUCCUGGCCGAUCGCCCGGUAUAGUGAGUGGAGAUUGGAAUGUUAAACUCUCAUAUGGACCUAGGUGGAUUACAUAUUUGGUUGGUACAGCUGGAAUAACUUUUCUUCUGCUGCUCGUAAAUUACUUCCUGAACCACUUUCGACGAACUGAACAAGACACGAGCCGGGAUCAGCUUGGAGAGGAGAGAAACUCUUUGCUUUUGCAUAAAGACGAAGAUGCCCCCAGCUGGGGCUCCUCUUAUGCUUCGGUCUCGGAUGAUGAAGAGCGUAAAGAGGAUAUGUCGCAAGGUGCAAAGGCAGCUAAAGACGACGAAAAUAAGCAGAUUUGCGCAAUCUGUUUUGAUGCUCCAAAGGAUAGUUUCUUCAUUCCGUGUGGACACUGUGCGGCUUGUUAUGGAUGCUCGACAAGGGUGGUCGAAAGCUCGGGAGUUUGCCCAAUCUGCCGUCGGCCCAUAAAAAGGGUGAGAAAGAUUUACACGGUUUGAUCAUCGAUGGGAGUUCGUCUUGUAUUUUGCCGAUGUUUGUGGCCAGAAUUUUCUUUGUAGAGCGUUCUUCUGUAUUUGUAGGAUUUACUCUCUUUUCUCGAGUGUCAAUGCCGAGAGUAAUAAAAUUGUAUAUGGACCCAAGAUUUCUUCUCAAUAUUUAGUAGAAUGCCCGAGAUUUCUUCUCAAUAUUUUUUGUUGCUAAACUUUUUUUUUUUUUCGGACCCCUUUUACUUUUGUCCUUGUCAAUUAAAUUGGUUACUCAUGAUCAGACCUGUACAUGCUGAAAUACUGUAUAUGUAAAGUUAGAAAUGUGAAAUUUGAUAUAGUUAGAAGUUA